AUGACACCGAAGAAGGAGGCAUCAGUAAUUGCAUGCAAAAGCAAAUACGUGUACGACACGAGCGUGUAUUGUAAAAGUACAAUCCGAGACUUGGUCUGUGACAAGGCGUGGCUGAGAGCGACGGGGGACUCGCUGUUCAUGGAAGUCAUGCUUGGCUCGAUGAUAUUCGGCGGUUUGUCCGAUGAAUAUGGUCGUAGACCAACUUUUUUCCUGUCUUUAGUCAUACAGCUGGUCGGCGGUAUACUAGUUGCUGUCGCGUCCGAGUUUAUUUCCUAUGUAAUCUUCAGGUUAAUUGUUGGCUCAACCACCAGAGGGGUGUUCGUAAUAGCUUACAUCAUAGUUUUGGAGAUGAAAAAGCGAUUAGUAGUCGGAUGCCAAUUGUUUUUUACUACGGGAUAUAGUCUCACCGCUGCCUUUGCGUAUUUUAUUACUGACUGGAGGAUGUUGCAAGUAGCCAUCACAGUAUCGGAGCAUAGCGUUUCUACUUUAUUGAUGGCUUGUCAACAGUGGCACGCACUACACGAAAAAAAAGGAUUAGUUGCAGCAACAACAAUCUGUGUAUGUGAGACUAAAUUUCAAUCAUAA